GUCUGCACGUGGGCUACUCCUUUAAGAAGCCUUGGGCUGGUGGAUGAAAGGGGACGCAGGGAAAAGGCAGCCCCAGAGCCAUAGCAGAGGGCAGAGGUUAAAUCUGUUGGCAUUUUUAUCACAAGAAUGGUCACUUCACAUCCUCUCCCUGAAGGCUUCACUGAAAUAGAGGUGUUUGUCAUCGGCACCGCCCUACUGGUAGAAGCCCUGCUUGGUUUCUGUCUGAAUGGCCUGACCAUUAUUUCAUUCCGAAAAAUCAAAGAACUCCGAACACCCAGCAACCUGCUGGUUCUCAGCAUCGCUCUGGCUGACUGUGGGAUAUGCGUCAAUGCAUUCAUUGCUGCCUUUUCCAGCUUCCUCAGGUACUGGCCCUAUGGCUCCGAGGGCUGUCAGAUUCAUGGGUUCCAGGGCUUCUUGACAGCACUGGCCAGCAUUAGCUCCAGCGCAGCAGUUGCCUGGGACCGGUAUCAUCACUAUUGUACAAGGAGCAAGCUGCAGUGGAGCACGGCCAUCUCCAUGAUGGUGUUUGCGUGGCUGUUUGCUGCCUUCUGGGCCACAAUGCCCUUGCUGGGCUGGGGGGAGUAUGACUAUGAGCCCCUCCGAACUUGCUGCACCCUGGACUACAGCAAAGGGGACAGAAACUAUAUCACAUUCCUUUUUGCUCUGUCCGUUUUCAAUUUCAUGAUCCCGGGCUUCAUCAUGAUGACAGCCUAUCAGUCCAUACACCAGAAGUUCAAGAAAAGCGGGCACUAUAAGUUUAACACUGGCUUACCGUUGAAGACGCUGGUUGUUUGCUGGGGUCCCUACUGCCUUCUGUGUUUCUAUGCAGCGGUUGAAAACGUGAUGUUCAUUUCACCAAAAUACCGAAUGAUUCCUGCCGUUAUUGCCAAGACAGUGCCAACUGUGGACAGCUUUGUGUAUGCCCUGGGUAAUGAGAAUUACAGAGGGGGAAUAUGGCAGUUCCUCACAGGACAGAAGAUUGAGAAAGCAGAGGUUGAUAACAAAACUAAGUAACCCACUACAGCAUCAAGCCACAUUAAUGCAGGUACACCAGUGAAAGCAACACAGUAGAGGAAGACGUGUGCAUUGUGGUAUGUACGUGCAAAGGUGAUUCCACAUUGCAAAGGCUGCAUGCUGACUACAAGCAAUGAAAGAAAGCCCCACGGAUUAUUGCUGAAACCAUCAUGAGCUGCUUGUCAAACAAGCUGCCUUAAACCUGUCUUGAUUGUCAUCAGGCCUAUUUUAUAUGUCACUGCAAAUAAACUGUACGCUGGAAAGCGCUUUUUUUUUUCUCCUGGUAAACUAACAAUCAACAAUCCCACAGUCCAUCAUUUCAACAUUUGUGUUUUAUCAAACACUGAGCAAAAACUAGAGGGAGGCAUGGAUCAGAUUGAUGGAGCAGCGAACAACAUCACAACAAGAUUGUUCAGAAUAGUCACAUAACCAGUUGAUAGCUAAGACCUGUAUCUCAGGUACAUGUAAUAUUAAGUGACAAAAUACUGUCACAAAUAUUAAAUAUGGAUCUAUAUUGACAGACUCUGAAUGUGUAAUUAUCUCUUUCUCGGGAGAGAGACCUAAGCAGAUCUCAAAAUUAUCUAGUCAGCAGGGUCAUGCCAAUAAAAACUAGCAGAAUGCUAAAAACCACUAAAAAUGAAUAGGAAACUAAAGAGGACCCAACCUCACACCACUUGUAAGCCAAUAUGCUCAGACCUGUUGGAAGAGACACACAAGUUGGGUCAUUUCAACUCACAGAGAGAACAGAAAAGCUAGAAAAGG